AUGGAAGAAAGUCGGGUGUACGUCCUGCACUUUGCGCAGUCGCACACUGACUUUCGGCUGCCCGAGUUUGAGGCAUCGGCGACAUACCUCGGCAUCCCCUUUGAGUAUGUUCCGACGCCCUCGCGCUUUGGCCCGUACGACGGCGUGGACGUGCGCCGCCCCUUUAUCCUGUGCCGCCUGCCCUCGGACGACGCCGCGCGCGAGCUGCUGCGGCGGUGCUCGUGCCUGCGUGCCGUCUGGGAGCUGUGGGUGUGUGCGGAUACCUACGAAGAGCUGCACGCGCGCAACCGCGAGCUGAAGCCGUGGCUGCCCUACUCGUCGCCCGACAUUUCGUGGAAGGCGCUCAUGCAAGGCUUCAACGCCGCGAUCCCCGAUGCGCGCCGCAUUGCGCUCAUCGAGGCGUUUGGGUACAUGGACCUCGCCGGGCCGACGCGCCUCAAAAAGUCGGACCUUACGUGGGGCGUCAUUGAAGAGUACGCGCGCGCGCUCGAUGCCGGCAGCGAGCCGCAUCCCCAGGGCGACCAGGACCCCCGGCUGGUGCAGCUCUUUUUCGGGCGCAAGAUCAAGGACCGCAGUGGGUGCAUGCCUGCGCGCGACCUGAUCGACGAGCUCAGUCUCAAAAAGCGCCAGUACAUUGGCAAUACGAGUAUGGAGAGCGAGAUGAGUGUCGUGAUGGCCAACAUGGCGCUCGCGGGCCCGUCCAAGUUUGUGUACGACCCAUUUGCAGGUACCGGCUCAAUGCUCUAUGCGUGCUCGAUGCUCGGUGCGUUCUCGUUCGGCAGCGACAUUGAUGGGCGCAUGCUGCGUGGCCGCCAGGACAAGGACGGCGCGCGCGGCGUCGCGCUCAGCGCGCGGCAGUACGGCCUCACGGGCCGCAUCCUCGACACCGGAGUCUUUGACAUGACCAAUGCGCCGUGGCGCCUGCCGUUCCGCAACGGCGGCGGCGGCGGCCUAUUUGACGCAAUCGUCACGGACCCCCCCUACGGAGUACGCGCCGGCGCCAAGCGCCUCGGGCGGCGCAACGUCGAGCACCAGCGCGACGAGCCCUACCUCAUGGCCGACGGCACGCCGUCGCACGUCUUGCCCGACUACCUGCCCCCUACGAAACCCUACCACCUGUCGGAGCUGCUUACAGACCUGCUCGAAUACUCAUCUGCGCUCCUCAAGCCCGGCGGACGCCUCGUGUUCUGGCUGCCGACGAUGAGCGAGGACGAGGUCGCGACGACGAUUCCCGAGCACGCGCACUUUGCGCUCGUCGCGCACAGCCUGCAGGACUUUGGCAAGUGGGGCCGCCGCCUGAUUACCAUGCAGAAGCGCGACGACGCCGGCCCCACGGCCUUUCGUGCGCCGCCAGACGCCGCCAAGGGCCGCGUCCGCGCCAGCGACGACCCCGCCGAGUUCCGCAACCGCGAUGUCGACACGCAGCAGCCGACGUACUUUGAGCGCGAGCGCGAGCGGUUGCUGGCCGAGAUUACAAGCAGUCUCGAAACCGUGAUCGGCAACACCAACGCGGCGAACCGCAAGAUGGAGGAGCACAUCUCGGUCGGCAAGGGCUUCGAGUCCAUCGCCGAGCUCUGGGGAAAGUUUUCUACGCUCAUGACGCAGGCCGGCGUGCCGAACCCCGAGACGCGGAGGGCGGAGGAGGAGCAAGAUACCAGUACUAUGUAG